UCGACGCGUCCAGACGUUUCGCGGAUGCGCACUCGUAUUUCCUAGUGAUGGUCAGCUGUAGUCAGGAACCGUCGAGAAAUGCGCCUUAGGCAUGUAACUCUGGCUCGCAGAGAUACCCUACGGCCGCAAAAUGUUCGCGUACGGUUUCGAGAUUACAUAGACCUGUAAUAUGCCUGUGCCUAGUGCGAGUUCACGGUGAAAAUCUGGCGUGAACGGUGGCUCGGAGACAUGGCGUCGGUGGCGGGCUCGACCGAACAGCCGCCUGCCGCGCACGGGCACAGCUUCUGCAAGAAGACCUUCCACAAGCCCACGUACUGCCACCACUGCAGCGACAUGCUCUGGGGCCUCAUCCAGCAGGGCUUCAUCUGCGAAGUUUGCAACUUCGUAGUGCAUGAUCGCUGCCUAAAAACUGUGGUGUCCCCGUGUUCCAGCAUCGCCGCCAGCCUUAUUAAGAAUCCGGUAGCCCACUGUUGGUCAGAACCGUUCCACCAUAAACGAAAAUUUUGUAAUGUGUGUAGGAAAAGGUUAGAUGAUAGCGUCUCCAUCCAUUGUGAAAUAUGCGAGUACUACGUACACACCGAAUGUCAGGAUUUCGCUGUUGCCGAUUGCAAGGAAAACGCUACAUAUCUUCCGGGAAAGCAACUGUCAAACGUACACCAUCAACACCACUGGCGGGAAGGUAAUCUUCCAAGCAACUCAAAGUGCGCACUCUGCAAGAAGACCUGCUGGACGACGGAAUGCUUGUCGGGAUACCGGUGCGAGUGGUGCGGUAUGACCUGUCACGCCGCCUGCCACGUCAACAUAACAUCAGAAUGUACUUUCGGGGUGCUGGAACCCAUCUAUCUGCCACCGCAUGCCGUCAGCAUUCCAAGAACCGAAGUACCCAUGGAGGCCAUCAUCGGAGUUCAAGUUCGGCGCAAAGAUACCAUGUCUCGUGAGUAUUCAUGCCUCAUCGGUGGCGAUAGACGGACUGCUUUAUCGAGUGUUCUGAAGCGUCUUUCUGUUGUUUUGCCAUCCUCAUGUCACGGCAAAUGCCAGCCUUCGCUCCCUUAUGUCCGAGCCCGGAGUAUUUCGGAAGAGUUUAGCAGCGGAGAUGCUGGACGCUACAGGGAAUCGGAGGAUUACGGCCAGGCUCACACACCAGGACGCGACAGCAGGCAGGACAAAACCAACAAGGACAAGGAGGAUAGAGAUGAAGAGGUGAUCAAAGUGUACGAUGGAAAUAAUUCGCUGAGGAGAAGAAUUUUCCGUACUAUCGUGGUGUCCCGGCAGGCGCCACUCAAGCAAGUGCUAACGCAAGCUCUUCGGGCGUUUCAUAUCACGAAAGAUCCGAGUUCAUUCCAUCUCACAGAUCUCUAUUCUCCCGACGAAGCGGUCCUACAAGAUCCAACACCAGUAGUGACCCUCCACAGGAAAGAGGGCAAGAGGCCGGCUGUGUUCCUCCGAUUCAAGGAUCGCGACAACGACAAAGGCGAAGUACGAGUCUAUCCCGGCAAACUACAAGUGUCACAGGCACUCUGCACCGUGCCUGUGGACUCGAAUACGACAGUGGGUGAUCUCAUUCGGGAGGCGCUGAAACGAUUCGGGCUCGAGGACUACAACUGCGAGGACUACAGAUGUAGCGAGGUUCUGCUGGACCGCGGAGUGACGGAAAGAGUGCUAUCUUGGAACGAGAGACCGUGGGAAAUCAUGAAGCAGCUGGGGAAAGACAGCAUCAGGCAGAUGGAGUUGAUGAGGUUCUACUUGCAGCUGAAGCAAGACCCACACGGACCAAAUUUAGCGUUAUUUGUGGGCAAUCUGCCGCCGAACCUUUCGGAGAGAAAUUACGAGAACAUCCUCACGGAGUUUCUAGGAAAAGAAAACAAAUUCUCUAAAAUUGGUCCCAUCUACUACGAAUACGGGUCUAUGGUUAUAACGUACGAGGAUUCUGACAAGGCAGUCCGGGCGCUGUACACUCUUAGAGAAUCAAAAUUUGAAGACAAACACCUGCUAGUGAUGCUGCUACCAAACAUCGAGCCGUCAAUGACUCCCAACGGGGUGCAACCGCUUCUGGUCUUCGUCAACGUGAAAUCUGGAGGUUGUCAAGGUCUGGAACUCAUCUCCAGCUUCCGGAAGCUGUUGAAUCCUUACCAAGUGUUCGACCUGGACAACGGCGGUCCUCUGCCCGGUCUGUACGUGUUUCGGAACAUCCAGAACUACAAGAUUCUGGUCUGCGGAGGCGACGGGACCAUCGGUUGGGUACUGCAGUGUCUGGAUAACGUGGGCCAAGACUCGCAGUGCUCUUCUCCGGCUUGUGCCAUCGUUCCGCUGGGGACAGGUAACGACUUGGCGAGGGUGCUAAGGUGGGGACCAGGUUAUACGGGUGGCGAAGACCCAUUGAACCUGUUGCGGGACGUGAUAGACGCGGAGGAGAUCCGGUUGGAUCGGUGGACGGUGGUAUUCCAUCCAGAGGAUAAGCCAGACGACAGCGUUAAGCAGGUCAACUCCACCGGUAAGAAGAGGCAAAAACUGUCCAAAAUGAAAGUGACCAAUGAGCAAAUUAGAAAAGCAGUUGUAGCAGGUUCGACGAGCGAGGACAACUCCCAAAUCUUCGUUAUGAACAACUACUUCGGAAUCGGCAUCGACGCGGAUCUGUGCCUGGAUUUUCAUAACGCGCGAGAGGAGAACCCGAACAAGUUCAACAGUCGUUUGCACAACAAGAGCGUUUAUGUCAAAAUGGGGUUGCGGAAAAUGGUGGGGCCAAAAAUGUGCAAGGACUUGCACAAAGAAGUACGCUUAGAAGUGGACGGAAAACUCGUAGAACUACCUCAAGUGGAAGGCAUCAUCAUUCUUAACAUUUUAAGUUGGGGGUCCGGGGCGAAUCCGUGGGGCCCCGAGAAGGAAGACCAGUUUUCCAAGCCCAACCACUGGGACGGAAUGCUGGAGGUCGUGGGCGUAACCGGGGUGGUCCAUUUGGGGCAGAUACAGUCGGGGCUACGAUCGGCCAUGCGGAUUGCACAAGGUGGUCACAUAAAAAUCCAUCUUCAUUCAGACAUUCCAGUCCAGGUGGAUGGUGAACCAUGGGUGCAAAGUCCCUGUGAUGUUGUAGUGCUCAAGUCUGCUCUGAAGGCCACCAUGCUGAAGAAAAUGAAGGGCAAAAUGAAGAGGCGCAACACGGAACCGACGAUGCUCGUGUCCCCCGGGGCCCAGCUCGCUCCGUUGCCCUCCAACGACGGCGAAUCUCCCACGGACCCGUCAAACACCACCUUCUAAUCCCCUCAGUGUUGUCUCAGUUUUUCGUGUUUUAUUAGACAGUCUCCCAGGGCAUGGGUUUUUCUUUCUCUUGCAUUUACGAAACGUAUUACAUAAAAUGUAUAAUUAACGGUAAACUGUAAUAAUUAUUACGUUCAGUAUGGUAUCAUUACCAGUCAGUGGUGAAUUCUUAUUAUUAGUGUCGCGGCGAAUGCCCGUUGAGUUUAUUUUUCGUUCCUCAUAGUUUAUUUACUAGUACAAGUCAUGUACUGUAGAUCUGUUGUAGUUUUCUAAAGUUUAUUUACCGAAAGAACAAAAAAAUAAAUAAAAUAAAAUAAUAAUAAUAAUAAGUAGAGUCCGGGGGGCGAGAGCGCCCCCGGCUCCGUGCAUCCCACCGCUGCACGAGUGAGAAAUACUCACACGUCUCUCAGAUAUAUAUAUAUAUAAAAAUACAAAAAAAAGUAUAUAUAUAUUAAAAAAAGACGACUCGUGGGUCGUCAGGGGGCUUCCACCCCCACUGGCAUGUCCUUGGUCGGCUACGUCACUGGAAGGCGCCUCCCGGCUACGGCUAGGCAACCCAAAAGGGACGAUCUGCGUGCGACCAAUGAAGACUGGUGUGAAGUGCGAGUGAGAGGCUAGAUAGAGGAUAUAGAUAGAUAGAUAGAGGUGAGCGUUCUUCGGCACGUUCUUCGGCUAUCCGGGAGGCUGGAUUCCACCACUGGCCGACCGCCGAAGCGGCAACGUAGGUUAUGCAAUUCUAGUCACCCUUUCCCUGGAGCGCAGCCGCGAGUAAGGUGGCAGGAACUGUAGGCUCAGGUGGCGGCGUUAGGUCUCUCUAUCCAGGAAGCGACACGUUAACGCCGUCGUUAAUCUGCCGGGACGCAAGGGGCUCAGUUUUUCACGGGUUGCCGCCUGGAGCCCGCCCGUGAUUAAUAUGCGUUUUGGUAGAUUUACGAAACGACAGUACCAUAGUUUAGCUCUUAUCUUAUUACUACAUUGAUGUGCUAUGUUUGUAAUUAUAUUUCCCAAACGUAUGUAAUUAUAGAAAUGGUCAGAACCGUUACGUCUGUUCCAUCUAGCGGAAAAACUUCACCUUACUUUUAUCCGCAAGGGUGAUCCGAGGUCUUAGAUAACACACGUUUCGAAUAUCUGCCCUGGACAUUCCCAAGAUUCGCCUGAGAUGAGGUUUUUCUGUUAACACAUAAGAUAUAUUAUAAUUAUAUGUAUAUGUGAUCAUAGAUAUAUUAAAAAUUGUGAAAUAUAGAAAUAUUAAAUGUAUUCAUUUGUUUCUUUAUUUUUUAUCAUGGCCGAGUUCAACUGAGGACAUGUGCUGGAGAAUAGUCAAUCAGAACAUAACUAACAUACAUACAAAGACUAUUAUGAAUAUAUCUAUAUUAAUAUAAUUAUUUCGCUAGUUACUUCAAACUGGUUGUCUUGUUUAUGUACCGCUCGACAAUGAAUGUAAUACGAGUAUGUAAUAAAAGUAAGAUGUUCGUUCGUUAGAUGCAGCCAAAACUUGUAUAAACCUCAUCAAAAUAUUUUGUUUCAACAGAGAUAAAUGAUCACAAAUA